UCUCAUUCUCGUUCUCCCUUUCUCUUUCUCUCUCUACCCAUUGCCACCGCCAAACCUACAAAGAUGUCCAACAACAACAACGCUCUGACCAAGAAGACUGUGAUGCCAGGUGGUAAGGCCUACGAGCCAUACAUGUUUGAGGAUGGUCUUGAUGUGUUCACUCUGUUCAACAAGCAGCACGGAUACACCUAUGACGAUCUGAUCAUGUUGCCAGGCCACAUCUACUUCUCCGCCGACCAGGUCAACUUGAAGUCCCGCCUCACAAAGAACAUCUCCUUGAACGUGCCCUUGGUCUCGUCGCCAAUGGACACCGUCACCGAGCAUCUGAUGGCCAUCAACAUGGCCCUGCUCGGAGGUCUCGGAAUCAUCCAUUACAACAACACCAUCGAGGAGCAGGUCGCCGAGGUCAAGAAGGUCAAGCGCUUCAAGAACGGUUUCAUCACCGACCCAAUGGUCCUGUCGCCAAAGCACCGUCUGUCCGACGUCGACAACAUCAAGGCCAAGUACGGCUUCUCUGGCGUGCCCAUCACCGAGGAGGGCCGCAUCGGAAGCAAGCUGGUCGGAAUCGUCACCAGCCGUGACACCGACUUUAUCAAGGACCGUUCCACCCUGCUGGCCGACAUCAUGACCACCGACCUGGUCACCGCCCCCGCCAACGCCACCCUCGAAGAGGCCAACAACAUCAUGAAGAAGUGCAAGAAGGGCAAGCUGCCAAUGAUCAACGACAAGGGUGAGCUCGUUGCCCUGGCCAGCAGAGACGAUCUGGUCAAGAACCGUGACUUCCCCCUGGCCACCAAGGACCACGAGAACAAGAAGCUGUUGGUCGGAGCCGCCCUCGGCACCCGUGAGACCGACAAGGAGCGUCUGGCCGCCCUCGAUGCCGUAGGUGUCGACGUCGUCGUCAUCGACUCCUCGCAAGGAGACAGCACCUACCAGCAAGAGAUGAUCCGUUGGAUCAAGAUCAACUACCCACGCGUUGAGGUCAUCGGAGGCAACGUCGUCACCUGCCGUCAGUCCGAGGCUUUGAUCGCCGCCGGUGCCGACUCGCUCCGUGUUGGUAUGGGUGUGGGCAGUAUCUGUACCACCCAGGAGGUCAUGGCCUGCGGUCGUCCACAGGCCACCGCCGUCUUCAAGACCGGUCUCUACGCCUCGCAGUUUGGCGUCCCAAUCAUUGCCGACGGUGGUAUCCGUUCGAUCGGUCACAUCAUCAAGGCCUUGUCGCUCGGUGCGUCCGCCGUUAUGAUGGGCUCGCUCCUGGCCGGCACAGAGGAGGCUCCAGGCGACUACUUCUACAAGGAUGGUAUGCGUCUCAAGAAGUACAGAGGCAUGGGCUCGCUCGAGGCCAUGGUCAAGGGAGGUGACCAGCGUUACUUCUCCGAGACCGAGAAGAUCAAGGUCGCCCAGGGUGUCUCUGGCAGCGUCGUCGACAAGGGAACCGUCAAGAAGUACGUGCCAUACCUCAUCCAGGGUAUCAAGCACGGUCUCCAGGAUCUGGGUUGCAUCUCCGUCGACAACCUGCGCUCAGACGUCUACAAUGGAGUUGUGCGCUAUGAGGUGAGAAGCACAGCCGCCCAAGUGGAGGGAAGCGUUCACUCCUUGUUCUCAUACGAGAAGCACUUCAUUUAA